AUGGCGUCAAUCAUUGUUGCCGUCGCUGUGCUGGUUAUUGCCUACCUAUUUUCUCUCCGUAGUCGACACAGAUUCCCUCCUGGCCCGAAGGGACUGCCGGUUCUUGGUGCCGCGAAAGAACACCCCAAGACAGAGUUCUGGAAGACCUAUGCAGAAUGGGGGAGGAAGUACGGAAACAUUGGAUUUAUUUCAUUUCACGUUCUAGGACGCCGAAUGGUUGUCAUCAAUUCUGCGGCAGUAGCGGAGGAUCUACUUGGGAAGCGGUCGUUGAUCUACUCGGACAGGCCCUUCCCGCCGAUGGCAGGGCAGCUCAUGAAACGAGAGAAGAGCAUGUUCUAUAUCUCGUACAAUGAGAGGUUCAAGACUUAUCGGAAAUUCAUGCACUCGUCCUUCAAUCCAAAUGCCUCCCAAUUGAACUGGCCCAUCCUGCAGAAACAAGCUCGAAUUAUGGUGGCUAACAUUAGCAAGACUCCGCAGAAUUUCGUCGAGCACCUACGAAGGAACGCCGCCGCUACGACCAUGAAGAUUGCGUACGGUUACACCAUUGACAAGGAUAGGGAUCAUUUCGUAGCUCUAGCCGAAGAAGGCAUGCGAGUGGGCUCUUUGGCUGGCGCGCCAGGGAAAUGGCUCGUCGAUUCUAUCCCAGCACUCAAAUACCUUCCGGACUGGUUCCCUGGUGCUGGUUUCAAACGGCAGGCAAAGGCAUGGAGCGACCAGCUGUACACACAGUCUUUGGAACCACAUGACUGGGUCAAGGCUCAGAUGGCUGCUGGAACUGCAGAACCGUCGUUUACUUCUCGUCUCCUCGAAUCCAGGGACCCACACGUAUCAGAAGCUGAACACGACGACCUGGUUCUGUGGACAGGAGGAGCGAUCUACGCGGCCGGUGCUGACACUACCGUUUCUUCCGUGAAGACCUUCUACUUCUUGAUGAUGCUGCAUCCCGACGUCCAGAAACGUGCCCAGGCAGAGGUAGACUCAAUUGUUGCCAAAGAAGGACGCCUGCCUACCAUUCAAGAUCGGGCUUCCAUGCCCUACCUGGACGCUGUUCUGCAGGAAGUCCUGCGCUGGGCACCUCCUAGCCCAAUUGGCAUCUUCCACUGCACCUCAGCUGACGAUGAAUACAACGGCUACUUCAUCCCCGCAAAGACGACCGUCAUCGCGAACAUCUGGGGGAUGACACACGACCCUGAACAGUACCCGGAUCCGUUUACCUUCAACCCGGACCGCUUCGUGAAGAAGGGCGAGAACGACACGACGCAGCCUGACCCUCGCGAGGUUGUGUUCGGCUUCGGGAGGCGGGUAUGCCCUGGACAGCACGUGGGCGAAGCGACGAUGUUCAUCCAGAUGGCAACGACUCUGGCGGUGUUCGACAUCUCGAAGCCCGUGGAUAAGGAUGGUCGCAUUAUCGAGCCCGAGAUUGGCUUCACCACGGCCAUCGUCAGCCACGUUAAACCAUUCCAGUACUCCAUCAAGACUCGGUCGAAGGAAGCUCUUACGCUCCUUAUGCAGGACCUUGCGGCUGAAGCUUAG